GUGGUAGUGAAGCUUGUUGGCGGCGUGGCACGCCAGAAAAUACAUCCACAACAGUCUUUGGUGUCAAACAAGUCUCUUCCCAAACUAUGCUCGGGAGUUGCGAUCAGUGUCUCAAUGAUCAACAUUCGGGUCGGAAUAGUUGCUCCUUUGCGACUCACCCUAAAUUAUUAUUAGGCUUUUUACAUAAUCCCACCUGAAUUUUGGGCCGAAAGGGAAGCGGGAGUGAAUUCUGAAGUGGUUGGAAAUUUUGUCAGUCGUUCUCAAUCGUGGUGCUCGAUGGACUGUUUUCUUUCAUUGAUCUAAUUAGCACCACAUUUUCUGUGGUUUAUUCACCGUGAGAAAUUCCUCACUUUAGUGCCGUCCUCAGGAGAAUUAGGAAGUUACUGGUAGUACUGGAAGAAGUGUUUGAUUUUCGCGCGUUUUGAGGUCAUCCCUUGAGUGGUUUUGCAGGCAGAUACUUGAUCCUAAAUACAUAUAGUGUUUGUAAUUUCUAGUGAAUAGUUUAUCAAGUUUAACUGAGAAAAUGUCCAAAGUACACGGUGGAUUGCCCCAAAUGGAGAUGGAUGAGCCCUUCUAUGUCCGACGAAGACCACCGCCCUUCAGCUUCUGGAAAUUCCUGUACAACACCGACAAUGGCACAGUGAUGGGACGCUCGGGAACAUCCUGGUUAAAAAUCGGUAUAUUCUACACCGUCUUCUAUGGCGUUCUGGCAGCUCUGGUAGCAAUUUGCAUGUGGGUCUUCUUCCAAACACUCGAUCCCCGUAUACCAAAGUGGAAGAUGGAUAAAUCCCUGAUUGGAACAAAUCCAGGUCUGGGAUUUAGGCCACUACCGCCUGAGGAAAAUGUCGAGAGUACGUUGAUUUGGUACAAAGGCACUGACUAUGAUAACUACAAAAUGUGGACUGAAGCUCUCAAUGACUUCCUGGCAGUUUACAAAACGCCGGGUUUAACUCUGGGACGUGGUCAGAAUAUCUACAAUUGUGACUACCAACGGCCACCACCUCCUGGACAGGUCUGCGAUGUAGAGAUCAAGAGUUGGACUCCAUGCACCCAAGAGAACAACUACAAUUAUCACAAAAGUGCACCAUGUGUCUUCCUGAAGCUGAACAAAAUCUACGGAUGGAUCCCUGAAUACUACAAUGAAUCUCGUACUCUGCCUAGUGCAAUGCCACAGCAACUGAAGGAUCUCAUUCAUGAGGAGGAAGUUAAGACACCACACACGCUCAAUACAAUUUGGGUGUCCUGUGAAGGAGAAAAUCCAGCAGAUAUUGAGAAUGUUGGUCCAGUUCGAUAUUACCCACGUCAAGGUUUCCCAGGAUAUUUCUAUCCAUUUGAAAAUUCCGAGGGUUAUCUAAGUCCUUUGGUUGCUGUUCACUUUGUUCGUCCAGUUCGUGGUAUCAUCAUCAACAUCGAAUGCAAAGCCUGGGCCAGGAAUAUCCAUCAUGAUCGAAAGGAGAGAAUAGGAUCGGUUCAUUUUGAAUUGAUGAUCGAUUAACACCUUCCGUGUUCCAAAAAAAAAAGAAAUUUAUCUUUUUUUUCUAAUUUAAUAAUUAAAUUAAAGAUUUCUCGCAAGUGGCGAAAAAUCAUUAAAUCACGAAUCUCCAAAAUUUACACCACACAAAAGACAAAUGUUUCUCAAAGUAUUUGGCGACAAUUGGAAAGACAAUUCGAAUGAAAGAUUGUAUUGUGACGAUAAAAAAGACAAAAAAAGUGUAGAAAAAACAUCGGUUCAAUGUUAAUAAUUUUAAGUGACAAUUAGCCAUAUUUUAUUAAUUUUUUUUCUCUAUUGAAAUUCCUUGCAGUGAUAAAGAGCACAAUGCUAGGUAAAAUUCUUAUCAUCCAUGAUCACAAUAUUAUGACAUGUUUUCUGUCGACUUUGCAUGAAAAGUGCUGACAAUUUUAUAAUUUUCUUUUUAAUUCGUUUUUAUACUGACAAAUACAAAAAAAGACAAUUUACGAAAUGAAUAAGAUCUGAGUGAGAAUCUCAAGUAAGCACAAAUUAGUUUAUUAUUGCCAAGAUUAUUACAAAGAAAAGUUAUAUCGAAAUUUAUUUUGCAAAUACUCUAUGUCAGUUUCUUUUCACAUUUUUUUCUGAAAUUUGUGUGAACACUGAAUGAAAAAUUUCUUCAAAAAAAAAAUUGCGUCCUGGAAUCAUAUUCCUCUAAAGAUGAUAAAAAGAAUAAAUUUCUAUGUAGAUUUUAUGAUAAAAAAAAUAAAUUAGAAACUAA